UCUGGCAACAUUCAAAAGGAAUUACAAACACAUAUUUUCAUCCAUGAUACCUAUGUUAGAAAGAAUGUCCUGAUAUUUCCACUAUAUCUUUAAACGUUUCCUUUCCUCCAAGACACAAAAAAAAACUAGUAACAGUGAUGAAUUGUUCAUUUACUUCUGCUGUAUCGUAACCACGCACAACAGACGGAGUUUUAGUUACUAAUAAAUACCGUUUCUUCUUAACUAAGCAAUUCUUCAGUGAAUUUCACAUCAUCCACGAAACGAUUUCCUGCGCUACAGACAGUCUUCGGCAUAAUUUACAAUUCCCGCUGUCACUGUCUUAAGACAGUCAAGUACGAAAUAAGACAAUAACAUAAAAGCCUGGAAACAACACCAAGAAAGGCAGAAGUGUAAGAGCGAGAUGCAGGGAUUAAGUAUUUCUUAUCUUGUACUGAUUUUGUCUUCCUGCACCACGGGUUGGCUGUCAGAAGAAACGAUACAAUUUGUUGAAGAAUACUUCACGCACAAACAUGUUCGUGUCAUCACUGGUUUCACAAGCUCCAAGCAUGGUACGGACAGAUAAAACAAGCACUGCACUAAGAGUAGUUUUGAAGUUACAACACUUUUCGAAAUUUGUAAGCAGAGAAGCGUUAGAACUGUCAGUCAGUCAGGGCUCAAGAAAUGCAACUUAAACCUACUUGCAACUCAAGAAAAUCCACUCACCGUAGACCCUCAUACAAAUAAAUAAUUAAGUUCUAGCGUAAAGUGCUCGUCAAAACAGUCCAACAUAAAUGAAAAUCGAAACAGUUCAGAAAUUUUUCUUAAAUUCUCCAAUGCAAAAUGUAAUUAAAAUAAGUUUAUCAGUCCUCAACUUACUUCAUGCGGACAGAACUGUUUUAAUAGGGCUCAGAAUGGUUGCGACAGACGCGAAAACAUGAGGUUAUGGCCUACAUAAGUCUUAAAUGACCAGAGGGGAAUUAGAACUCACGCCCCCUAGUGUUCGAGUGGUCCAAGACCCUACACGUGUAGACCACUCGACCAAAAAUUUGAACAGUAUUUUAUAGAUUCUAAGUUAUUACAUAUUUGCUUUUGUUCUAAUUUGAAACAGACACCUUUCUGCUGAUGAAGAGCCUGAUGUCAGCAGGUAAGUUCUGGAUGGUCUUCGCAGAUCCGGAACAACCUUUGUCUAAAGCCAUCGAUCCAAUCAUUAAGCGAUCAUAUAAGAAGUUCGGAAUCUUCGUGGACUACGACUGUCCACAAGGCAAGGAAUAUCUACUGGAGAGUUCUGCACAGCGGUCCUUGAACGACAGCUUCUUCUGGUUGAUAUGGAGCAAAACGAAGUACACAUCGGACAUAAAAACUCUCAACUUAAACUUCGACACAGAGAUGACGUGGGUGUACCCUGAAACCGAUCUUAGUCAUUUUACCUUGUAUGAUCUCUAUAAAAUCAACUACAGCUUGCCCAUAAAUGGAACCCUGGCUGGCUACUGGAGUCCUGAACGGGGUCUCAAUCUCAUCUUAACUCAGUCCAAAUAUGAACGGAGACACGAUAUGAGAGGCACUGUGUUCACAGCUGGCAUAGUAGUAAACAACAUUCCGACGGAUAACAUUAAAGAAGAAAUAGUUAAACCAGAGAAUAGGAUAAAGGACACUAUGGCCACUUACAAUUACAGAGUGUUCCAACUGCUUGAGCAGUCCUAUAACUUUUCGGUGAUUAUUAAACACACUUCGCUAUAUGGGUAUGUGGUUGAGAAUGGUAAGCUAGAAGGCUUGACACUGAUGUUGAAGAACAGAGAAGUAGAUUUCAGCAUAACUCCCUCUUUCAUGAACAAACAUCACUACGAGUGUAUGGAUUAUAUGAAUGCAAGAACUUGGAAGUACCGGAGCCUCGCUUUGUUCCGGCACCCUCCUGUCACCAGGGCAUAUGGCGCUGAGCUCCUCACUCCGUUCGAAAUGAACGUGUGGAUAUCCUGCGCCGGAAUGUGGCUCGUCGUGAUCCUCACUAUACGCUUCGUGUCGUGGGUGGAGACCAGUAUGUUCGACUUCGUAGCUACCAGCCACGAGGAGGAGACGGUGCGGUCCUGGAGUGACUCCCUCAUGAUUAUAAUCGGGGCCAUAAGCGAACAAGGCACAACGAUGGAUUCGAAGUGGAUAUCAUGGCGAACAGCACUUCUUGCGGCAUGUAUCAUGUCAAUGAUGGUGAAUACCAGUUACUCGGCCAGUCUCGUAUCUUCACUCCUCAGCACACCGAUGAAGACAAUCCGCACCACACGUGAUUUGAUUGAAAGUUCACUUCAGUUUGCUGCAGAGGACAUAUCAUAUAACGUUGAACUCUUCGCACUCAACCCUGAUCCAUUGGUUCAUGAACUGUACGAGAAAAAGAUGGCGCCACCUAACAGACCGUACUACAAGCGUGAAGUUGGUCUUGACAAGAUGAGAAAAGACUAUUUCGCAUUCCAUACUGAACCCCUUAACGUAUAUCCCAUGAUUAGGGACACAUACACCGAGAAAGAAAAGUGUGAUCUCACGGAAGUAGAAAUUUUACAUCCUGAGUACUGUUUCAUGGCUAUACCAUGGGCUUCGCCCUACAAGGAAGCCAUCACAAUUGCUAUGAGGAAAAUAAUUCAAGGUGGCAUAGUAAAUUAUCAAGACCAGUUAUGGCAGACUCCCAAACCGCCCUGCAUGGUCAAAGAAGAGUUUGUAAGUGUUGACAUAGUCAAGAUUUCUCCAGCGUUCCUGAUCAUCGGCGCAGGCAUAGUUUUGGCUAUCAUCCUGCUCAUUGGCGAAAUAAUAAUAAAAAAGGAAAAUUUAAUGAAAGCAUCCCAAGACUUACUGCUGGCCAAAGGAGAAAGAUUACAACCUGGAAUUCAGGCGACCAUCAAACACAGAAGGCGCACAACCAACAAGCCAUGGAUUAAUUGAUGUAGCAAUUAAAGACAUUUUUCAUUCCCAGAUUAUACACCUGCCUUGUGUUUAGUGCGUGUCACGUGUAUAUCCACACUGCACAGAGAAUUGAAGAAACACAAAACAGAAUAUCGACAUCAGGUCAGACAACACAGCCUGGAAAUCGAUUCAUCGCCAAUCCAAUAAGACGAAGAAGUGGCUCUAUUUAUUUUAAGUUUCGGUCAUCCACAUAAGCCUACUGGUAUUUUCUACCAGACAACAGUUUGGCAUGAACCCUUCUACUCUUCAGUGAGAAAAAUCAAGAAUCACUCUGAAGAACCUAAUUGUGUCAAAUUUGCUUCAAACGUUCGUCUGACAAUCCUAUCAGAGACCAUAAUCGACAUAUAAGCCUAUAAAAAUCCUUGUAAUGCUUCUUGUUUUCCUCUGUGAAACUGCAGCACAAAUUCGUAACGCGUAUACAGCCACAUCUAAUCAUACUGAGCUGUGUUAAAGACAGUCAGCGCCAGUUAAACAAAAUAUUGUACAUUCCACAGUUGUGACCUCUCGAUCAAUGAACUCUGUUUACUAACAGCGAUAGAUAAGCGACCCCGUGCACCAACAGUUCCUCUCGUCUAGUUUUUCAUGUUUCAUAGACAGACCAUUAUAAAUCUGUAUACUACCGCGUUUCAAUCAUUCAUCGUAUUUAAAUUGACUUCCAGAUCAGCAGUAAACACGCCAAGUGUUAAGCAAAUAGGUCAUGUCACAAAGAUAACGAACUGACACAUUUACAAUCAUUUACAUGACGCAAAGUACAGUUACCUCCUUUCGACUGUGAAUGUAAUGCCCUAUGGGUGUGUGUGUACUUUUAACAAAUUCACCUAAUUAUUGACACUUGAUACAGUCGUCGUAUCACGGAAGCCAUUAUCACAUUUCCUCUUAAUUCUUUGUCAUCAACAAUAUCAACUUGACAUACAUGCGAAAUGAGCCGCCAUUUAAUGUAGAGUCCACACAAUCAGGCUUCAGGUGUUUGAAAAACAUGACACUUGCGCGUAAUCUUUUUGUGCAAAACAUUAAAUAACAACACGAGAGUGCGAAUUCGAUAACACUGUUCCAGCUGUGAGCGAUAACUUAUUACCCACUCCAGCUACGCAUGUUGUAUUUUACGUUCACAAAAACAGGUCUACGGAGGGCCGCAUCGUGGUUUCUGUGAUGCCCAGAGUACGAAUACAUUUCGUGUGUAAAAGAAAUUAACUACAGCAGAAAACUGCAUAAAUGGUUGUAACUGAUAUUUGAAUAAAUGAAAGAUUUGCAUGGCCUUCACGUUGUUUCACAUUCUACACAAGAAAGAGAAACCUUAAAAGGGAUGCAUCUCCAUUACAAGACAUAAUUUCAGGAUCAUAUAUUGAGUGGCACUAAUAAUGAUCCUACCUCACAAAAUUCGAGGGUGUACCUGGAUGGUACACUGGCUGUAGAAAAUUAAAAGCAUGCAGUUGGGAUUGCAUCCAAUGGCAUAAUGUUCACACUAAAUUUGUGAAAAU